AGGGCUAGACGUUCCAGGAAGUGUUCUGUUUUAUUUCGGUGUUGUGUUUAGUGACAGGAAUUGCUUCGAUUAAGUUUUGCAAACAGUCUUUGUUGACAGACAACACAGGAGGAACAAGUAACAAUUAAAAACAGAUUCCCCCCAAACUUCAUGCAUUUGCUGCUCCACACAAGAAUACAUUGAGGAAAAAUGUCAGAUGAUUGGCAAGAGUGUAUGGACUGUGGAGUGUCUGCUGCUAGAAAAGCUGGAGAAGUGGUUCGGGAAGCUUUAAAAAGUGAAGGCUAUAUGUCUGUAAUGCUGAAAAGUUCUCCAGCUGAUCUGGUAACAGAGACUGAUCAGAAGGUGGAGUCGAUGAUUAUAUCUUCAAUCAGAGAGAAAUUUCCAACUCACAGUUUUAUUGGAGAGGAGUCUGUGGCAGCAGGAGAAUCUAGCGUACUAACAGACAACCCCACUUGGAUUAUCGACCCCAUUGAUGGGACAACUAACUUUGUGCACAGAUUUCCAUUUGUAGCCGUGUCUAUUGGCUUUGCGGUCAAGAAAGAGCUAGAAUUUGGAGUUGUUUACAGCUGCAUGGAGGACAAAAUGUACACUGCAAGGAAAGGGAAAGGAGCAUUUUGCAAUGGAGUGCAGCUAAAGGUCUCCGGGCAAGAAGAUAUAACCAAAUCACUUAUAAUUACUGAACUGGGUUCCAAUCGAAACCCAGAUACUGUGAAAAGGGUUCUUGCAAACAUGGAUCGGCUUUUGUGCAUUCCAAUUCACGGAAUCCGAGCGGUAGGCACAGCUGCAGUCAACAUGUGCCUAGUGGCCACAGGCGGGGCAGAUGCUUAUUACGAAAUUGGGGUCCACUGCUGGGACAUGGCAGCAGCUGCAGUCAUAGUUACAGAAGCGGGAGGCAUUGUAAUGGAUGUCACUGGAGGACCAUUUGAUUUAAUGUCCCGAAGAUUGAUAACAGCAAGCAGUAGAGCCAUUGGAGAAAGAAUAGCGAAAGAGCUUCAGGCAUUUCCAUGUGAAAGAGAUGAUGGAAAGAAAGAAGAUUAAUUACAUUGGAUUAUGUUAAGGUGAAUAUUGUAGGCUAAAACUGUUUAUUGUAUGUUACUGUGUAAUGAAAAGCAUGGACCAUGCAUUGUAUGCAUGACCAUGCAUUGUUUUUAUUGUUCAGCUUGGUGUGAAAGUUUUACUGCAAAAAUACUUUUUACUAGAUAUGCACAGACAAAUGCGUUUUAAUAAAUAAGUAAUUUUAAAGGAUUUAAAAAAGAGAGUUGUAUUUGGAUGAACAAAGUGUUCAUAAGUUUUCUCAGACUAGUGUUACAAUUGUAUAUAUUAAACUACUGGUGUAAUUUUAGAAAAUAUUGAGCCAUUGAGUUUUUGUGUUACCUCUUUGUACGUUGGUGGGGUAACCACCAAGAUCAUUUUCUUACCUUUCAUUAGCACAACCUUUUUUUUUCAUUUUGACUCUAGUAAAGUCCUUUUAACCUGCCUCAGCAAUGUACAUUGACUCUGUGUGGAACAGGUGUCAGGACUUCGGCUAAAAUUUUAAACUCCCUUUGCUCUAUAUACGUAUUUAUUUGAGAAUACUCAAUGCAGGUACAUCUGUGAUUUACGGUAAUGGACUUUCAAGAACGUUUUCAUGCUAUGAUUAUUAUUUUUUUGAUAGGCCUAGUAAACCUUUAAAUCAGGUUGGAGAAACCUCAAGGCAAAAUAACUGAAACACCCAAUAACAGACAUUUCAAGGUGCAGAAGAGAAUGUCUUUAGCUUCGCUCAGUGUCCAGCAGGUGGCAGCAAAUGGCUUACUUUCUUUGUUAAAGAAAUGGCAAAACCAAGCAUUUUACUGAAGAAUUGUAUUCAGUUUGUAUAUUUAAAAUUCUAAAGUUUACUUGACUUUACAGAAAAUUGGGUAUGUUUACGAACUCUGCUCCCUGCCGGUUAUCUGUUCUUGUUGUACAAAAGCAAUGCUGGAUGCCUGCCAGUAGAAUAAGUUGCCUGACAGAGAUUUGCAACUUGUGCUGUGGAAUUACAAAUAGCUAACACUUAAAGACUGUGUUAUUGUAAAGAUUCCACCCAGGAUCUCCAACACUGUCAGCAGUGAACUCUGUAUUAGUCAGUGCAUCACCAUCAUCCCCCUUCAUCUGGGCGUUUCUUCAGUUUUUCUCAAACAUUGUGAUUAAGUGAUGUGUCAUAGCAAGUUAAAAAAGCAUGUGUAGUAUAAUAAUCUGCCUUGAUGAUGUCGGAGGUUCUAACAAACUUGUAUAUGAAGGGAAUGGACCUUCAGCCUACUACAGACACAGUGACAGUAAUUUAUGUGAAUAAUGUACUUAUGACAAAAGAUUCUUGUAGCUUUUGCUACAACGUGAAGUCUAAAACAUGGACAGAAAAAAAAAAAAAAAAAAAAACAUCAGUACUUCACUCCCAGGUGGGGUUGUGCAUCAAGCUGUAAAGUCAAUAGCUGAGCUUUUUCUCUGCUUGGAAUAUCCACAUUGGACCUUUAUUGUCAAACUGGGGUGGAAUAAAUUACAUUAACUGAAACCCGAAGCACAGGCAAUCAUUGAAGUUAAAGAAGCUACUGUGCACAUUGGUAUUUGUGUUCUUCUAGGUUUAGGUAAUGAAUUUAUCCCGAAGGAAGGUCUAGUUCCUAAUAACACAUGCAGUUACAGAAUACAGUAAGACUGUUUAAAAACACAGUUGUUAGAGAACCGCUUACACUUAUUACCAACCAGAAACAGCAACACAUUGAUUGCUUAAAAGCAACAGCAAAGGUUCUCGUGCUCUGAUUUGCGUUACCUGAAACAGAUAAGCCGCCCCCUGGGUACAGAUAUUGUGCAGUUGGCUUUACAUCUGUUUACACUGUAUUUAUUGUACACAUUAGAAGUUUACAUUUAUCUAAACAGUAAUAAGGACAUUAGCACAAGUUGGUAUCAGAGCCUGGAGGCUACAUGUUGUAUUUACAAUACUGGAUUAAAUAUAUCUGCUUUACAAAACCAUUGUCCAGUUGUUGGUCGUAGUAAUCAACUUUUUUUAUAUUUUGUUCUGAUUUUCUAUUUAUAGUCAUGGGUUUGCAUGUCACAAACACUCAUUUAAAUAAACCACGGUUUAGCGUGAUGGGGAAUGGGGGAAAGAGUAGAUGCAGCAGUGAUAGCCCUAGCACCCAGACACUUUUUAGACUUUGACUUGAUAUUUGGCUGGUAACACUGCAUGAAACACUCCCUAAAUGGCAAAUGCAGUGUGAUCUUUGCCAAUUUCCAACACUGCAUUAAUGUAGCAGUUGUUUAAAGUCAAAUUCAUUAUGACUGCAAGAGACCCGUCUUUUAUACUACAAAUCCAUUUUAAUAAGGUCACUCCAUCUAGCCCCACUACUACUAUUUGUAAUGCUGUUCUUGGGCAUUGCCUUACAUUAAAAACAGUUAUUAUUGUGUAUAUAAUCAAGAAAUAUUUUAACAAGGAAAACAUUUGACAUGUCUAAGGCCUCAGAAUU